GAGAUGCAUUUUUAAAAUGUACAUGUGAGUUGGUUAUGCUGUUCAUGGCUUAUAACUUUUUAAAAGACGGAGUCUUUAAUUUUUAAGAAGGGGGGAAAAACGUUUACUAAUCGGAUAUCCAGACAUGAAAGAUCAACAUCAUGCCUUGAAUACUUACGGGUGUAUACAAUGAGCCAUUGUUUAUGCUAUAGAGUGUAACACCAACAACCACACCAUGAUAACGUCACGUGUGGUGAAAGGAAUCAAAUCCGUAGURAAAGGCCUUACAUGAUACUGCUGGAGAAUUGUUUAAGCAAAUGCACAGAURAGAACAAAUGUAUGAGUCAAUUUUAUGAAGAACAAGGCGAGGCGCAGCUUCAUACGUUGARCAUGUGUACUUUCUCCGGCUCAGUGAUUCUGUGCCCAGUAGAGCGCAGCGCAGUAUUCCUCUGUCAAGAAAAUGUCAUUUAAAUCUUUGAAGUUGUAUUGAGUUGUUUUUGGAGCCUUGCCCUCUCUUCUGAUAUAUUCUGGAGCUAGUUGGACAGGAUAAUAUAGUGUAUAACUAAAGUGAUCCAAGACUGAUUACUAAGUGUUAUGAAAUGUAAUGUAAUUUUUUUUUGUAUAUAACUGCCUAUAUGUUGCUGGACCCCAGGAAGAGUAGCUGCGGACUUAAAUGGGGAUCAUUAAUAAAUACAAAUACAAAUUACACAAGGAUCCCAUGAACUGACCUUGACUUCCCCAUCUGUCAUUCAGUGAGUCAGAGUGUGAGUUGACACCCGAACUGAGCCAUGGGGUUAGGCUGUUCUGAGGGUUACUUCUGGGACCGCCUGGUCAGGAAGUGUCUGACCUGUCAGAUGGUCUGCCAGCAGCCCCAUCGCCACCUCAGAUGCAUCGAGUACUGUGUGUCUCUGGGGUGUAAGGCGGUCACAGGGCAGUACUAUGACAGGCUGUUGAAGAAGUGUCUGAGGUGUGCUGCRGUGUGUGGCAGCCAUCCCUCAGAGUGUUCCCACCAGUGUCAGACCCAACAGCCUGCCUUGAAUGGAAUCUUGAGGCCCGUGGAUGGGAAUGCCUUCCAGAACCACACCAUCAGGGGGGGCUACCUACCCAGAAGCCUGCCUAACUCAGCCAUCCUGGUGUACUCUCUGCUGGGCCUGUGUCUGACUCUGCUGCUGUUGACCCUGUCUGUGGCUCUGCUGGUGCUGCUGAGGAGGCCCYCCCGACCAGGGGCCACACAGAACAGUCACACCCAGGGUCAUGAAGGCCAGAAGGGCCAAGAGCCUAACCAGCACAGCCAGUCCUCCAAAGACUGCCUGAUGGAUCCAUCCCUGCUCCAGAUAAACAGUGUGACACUGAGCCGUUCGUCCAGCCCCACAGAGACUUGUGUGUGUGUCCACUGCUUCCCUGACCUCGGAGUGCCUGGCAGGGGAGAGAAGCAGCAGAGACCCCCACUCACCCUCUACCAGCAGGCUGUCCCCCAGCACCUCCACUCUUCUACCAGAGCCCCUCAGUGUGGAUCAUCACAGAGAAUAAUUUGCUCCCCCAGUCAGCCCAGCUUCUGAUUGCAGAACUGAACCAGACUGGACACUAAAUAAACAACUCUGGACAGAUCUGAUACCGCCCACUCCAGGGUGAAGUUUCCCCUAAGUACAGAUCUAGGAUUAACUUCUCCCCCAAUCCUAACCUGAACAAUUAGUGGGGGGGGGGGAAGAAAAACUGUCCCAAGAUCAAAUGUGUGAGCAGUCUGGAGAGCAGAAAUUAAUAGGUGGUGAAGGAUACAGGAGAAACUGGAGUGAGACAGAAGCGAGUGACAGAACAUUAUAUAUGCCUGUACAGAUGUUGGAUCUUCAUUUGAGCCAGUUUUCUACAGCAGGAAACUAAUCCUGCAGCAACAAGAAAUGUGAAUUAUGUGGAUUAUAAUUAAUGGACAUUUUUGUAGUGGUUGAUAGAUUUUUCAAUAGGGCAAAGCAAGUCUGACAUUUUAAAAAGUGGAGAUUACAAACUUUAAAAGCCUUUUUAAAACCUUGAA